AUUUUUGGAUUAAGACACCCAGUUUACCCAAACAUAAACUAUAAUACAUUGCAAAUGACAGGGUUGUUGUUUGAUUCACAUUACUCUGUGAUAAGAGCCAGUUAGGUCGUGCGGUGUUAAUAUGUCAGCUGUACAGUUAGUCAUUGGCUUGGCAGUGGGUGAAGCGGGCUCGAAGUGCAAGCUGUGAUCAACAGAAGCCAGCGACUCACACGCUGCCGAUGCGUCUGUCUCCAGCUUCUCUUGCGGCUGCUCUGUUGACUGUGCGAGGACAGAUCAGGAUGUCGUCAUCACUUCCUGUGGCAGCAGUUUGUCAGAUGACCGCCACCCCUGACAAAGAGGCCAACUUCAGCGCUUGCACGCGAUUGGUCGAGCAGGCCAAAGAGGGCGGGGCUAGUAUGGUGUUCCUGCCGGAGGGCUUCGACUACAUCGGCUCGAGCCGCGAGGAGACGCUGGCGCUCUCGGAGAGUCUGGACGGUGACAUCAUAACCCGCUACACACACCUGGCCAGGAAGCUGGACUUGUGGCUGUCUCUGGGUGGAUUUCAUGAGAGAGGACAUGACUGGAAAACAGACCGCCGCAUUUAUAACAGCCACGUUAUCAUCAACGGGAAAGGUGAGGUCGUGUCGGUCUACAGGAAGGCUCAUUUGUUUGAUGUGGAGUUGACCAGUAAAGGUGUGUCUCUUAAAGAGAGCGCUUUCACAGUGGCGGGACCUCGACUGCUCCCGCCGGUCCAGACGCCCAUCGGGAAGGUCGGUCUGGGCGUCUGCUAUGACCUGCGUUUCCCUGAGCUGUCGUCAGCGCUGCAGAGACACGGAGCCGAGAUCCUGACGUUCCCAUCAGCCUUCACGGUGGCCACGGGAGCCGCGCACUGGGAGGUGCUCCUGCGGGCGAGAGCGAUCGAGACGCAGUGUUUCGUGCUGGCGGCGGCUCAGGUCGGGUCUCAUCACUCGCGGCGGGCGUCUUACGGACACGCUCUCGCGGUGGACCCGUGGGGGGGGGUGAUCGGGGACUGCGGGGGGGCAGAUGUGGGCGUGGCGCUGGUGCAGAUCGACCUGCAGACGCUACGGGACGUCAGGAGGGACAUGCCAGUGCGGCAGCACCGCAGAGAGAAGGACUUUUACUGCAGCUUGGACUGAAACACCCGUUUAUGAAUAAUACACACUGAUGCAUAGUGAUGAUAAUUCAUGACUUAUUAAUAAAUUGGACCCAGGCUGGAUUAAUGAUUUGUCUACUGUGGCGCUUCAGUCAGUAGUGAAAGACUGUGUAAAAGUCUCCAUGAACUGAUCAUGACAUAUGGGCUAGAAUUAAGCCUAAUGUCUUUCUCUUUGAGAGAUAUAUGAGAGCAAGCAUUUAAUAAAGAGAAAGUUAUGUACCAUCA